AUAAGGGGUUCAUCGGGACGAAACCUUUGCUCCUCUCCAUUCAACCGCUCCUUGAAACUUCGCCAUGUCUUGCCUCAACUACUGUUCUGGAAACUACAGCACGGGAUCCCUCAGAAAUCCUUGUCAGAUCCCUCUCACCUCCUCCAAUGCCCUCUGCUCUACAAAUGUGAGCUGUGGAGAUGUCCUCUACUUGCCCAGCAGCUGUCAAGACCAUAUCUGCCCCCUGGACAAUUGCCAAGAGACCUGCAGAGACCCAACCGGCUGCCUGCCAGCCUGUGAGCCCAGCAACCGUGGAACUUCUUGCUGCCCUUCCACUGUCUACUAUGUGCCCAGACCCUGCCAAGGGACUAGUUUUCUUCCUGCUGCUUCUUGCAUCUCUGGCUCCCGCCUCCCAGUGUCCUGUAGACCUCUGAGUGAUGUGUCCAGCAGCUGCCGACCUCUGAGCCUCUUCCCUUCAGGAUGCCGCCCCUGGGGCUGCGUGCCCUGUGGUCCUCAGUCACCUAGAGUUGUGUCCGGCAGCCUCGUACCUCUGCGCCCUCUCUUCAGUGGAUGGCAACCUCAGAACCACAUGUUCAGCACCUGCCGUCCAUCCUGCUCUGCACUGGGAGGCCAGUAGCUGCCUUGUUCCAACGGAGAAUCAUGCUGAGGAUCUGAGACAAAAAUUCAAACGCUGUGGGCUUUUGGAUCUUUCCUAGUAGUGACUGACAUUUCUUGUGUUUACUGUGCCUGAUCUAAUGAAAACUGCUCCUUUCACACUUUUAUCUUUUUCCUCCAUCUCUCCUUGACAGAAAAUUAUUUGAUUUACACUGCUAUUCAAUGUCACUCAGGUGUGGGAAGAAUUUAUUUGGUUCAUGUAAUAAAUGAGAUUGUCAGGAUU